GUGAACACAAGGAAGUUUAAAACUUAAAACUUCAAACAGACCGCAAAUCGAUACAUUAAAUCGUUCUGUUAAGUCUGUAUUGUCUUUUGAUAUCGCUUUGUACAAAUUAUAGAUUAUGCACUGCUAUAUUGUUUACCAAUAAUGUGAGAUAGAAUGACAUUGAUUGUGUAGAUUUCGUGGAUUUUAUAAAUGCACUCAUAUCGUAUUCUUGAAAUGAAUUGUGAUCUGUCUGUAGUUGUUCUUAAAAUAUUCCUGUUUUAUCUGUCAUACAAUGAACUGGAGUUGGAGUGCGAGUGCAUAAGAUUUUGAAAUGGAUCUAUACUUUUUAAGAAGAAAGACUUGUUUGGAUACAACUUACGCACAUAAACUACAAGCCGGGAACCAAAUUCAUCACGUUUGGUAUUAUGAGGGAAUGUUAGUUUAACAGAUUCAACACAUUUAUUAAGUAAUAUGAACACAAAGCUGUUUAAUCGUCAGGUUGAAGUACUUUACUUCGUGCAUUUUAGGACUCUACAGAGUCUACAUAAUCUCACCACAGAAGAAACACAGAUUCAAUUUAAAUAAGGAAUGAAGUUGAAAUGUUAGGACGCGUGUUUACAAUAUUUACAGUGGUCUUCUCAUUGACCAAUCAAAAAGUUGAAGGCCAACCAGAUUUUUUUAGACCAGACAGCCCGAGUGACCUGUCUGAAAGUAUAACCGAAGACCUCAGCGCUGGUACAAGCAUUUAUAACGUAUUCGCAACUGGUGGUAGCGGGCCCUUGAUUUACAGCAUACAAUCACAGAGCCCGACUACCCCGGCGUUCACCUUGACGCCAACGACCUCAUCAGCUGAUCUCUAUACACCCAGUGGCACGGCUCUCGACAGAGAAACGGUGGACGCAUUUGAGUUUGUUUUUAGUGUGACAGAUGGCACAGACACAGUGUUAAGUGACACGUUCACUGUUAAUAUUUUAGACGUGAACGAUAAUGCCCCACAGUUUGAAAAUACUACAUACACAGCAUCUGUCUUCGAAACUGUGGCAGACGGAUAUUCCGUGUUGACUGUAUCUGCAACCGACGCAGAUCUCACCACGACACUUAAAUAUUAUGUCAAAGCCGGAGAUACCAGUAAUACGUUUAGCAUGGGUCAAACUUCUGGGGAGCUCACCGUUGUUACGUCUGCAAAUCUUCAAGCUUCUACAACCCCGUCUUAUGCCCUUAGGGUCGAGGUGGAGGACAACUUUGGUACUAACACUGGCACUGCAACAAUUAAUAUAAGUGUUAAAGAUGACCCAUGUUCCCCUCAGCCGUGUUUAAACAGCGGAACAUGUAGCAUAUCUGGAACGAAUUACACGUGCAACUGUAUGUCUGGCUAUCUGGGUGACACGUGCAAUACAGUUGACCAAUGCGAAUCUUCUCCAUGUUUAAAUGGAGCAACGUGUGCGAGAAAUUCAGCAGAUUACACAUGUACCUGUACUAGUGGAUGGCUUGGAACUAACUGUUCUACAGCUGAUCCAUGCGACCCAAACCCUUGCCAGAAUUCAGGCACCUGCAGCAUAUCCGGUUCUUCUUACUCAUGCACAUGCGCAUCGGGGUUCACCGGAAGCGUUUGCUCAGACAUUGUUACCACAGCAAGCGCAAGCGGUGCUAGUGGCAGCAAUGCAACUGAAAGCCCUCCAGGCGAUGAUGAAAAAAGAACCACCCUCAUUGUAGUCACCGUUUUAGGGGGUGUUUUAUUGGUGGCUGUGGUGGUUUUUAUUGUUUAUAAAAACAAACCAGCAAAUGUUUCGUUUAUCGGAAAAUAUCGCCGCGGGUCCACUGUGUUCCCAAAAAGAGAGAAAACCCUGAGCAGCAUCACUUUACGAAUGAAUGGUAAAGUGGACACUAGUGUCAAUACUGAUACGCAGUUUAAUAAACAGUCAUAUGUAGAGGGAACUAGGACCAACGAAGUUAGCAACAAUCAUUUAACAAGACAAUCAUCAACAUGAUGACAACAACAUUACCGAAUUAUAUGUAUACGCUUCCAAACGUACUGGAUUUGUUAUCAACGAACUUUGCAUCAAACAUUUUAGAAGACAAUUAUCAUGUUAUUAAAUAAAAAAAUAAAAACAUUACCGAAUUAUAUUUAUUCGUUUCCAAACAUAUAGAUAUGAAGAAUUUUCUUUAAUUUCUUUGUUGCUUGUUUAACUAUUUCUCAUGUUUCACCAAAGUUGGGAAUCAGUUCAUGCAUUAUUUGUUUUCUAUUUUUAUCGUUCCAUGCAAUUUGUUAUUUCAUUUAUAAGUACACUGGAUAUUACAUAUCUUGUUUUUUGUUUUGUUUUAAUUGUUAUAUUUCUCAUGGUCACAUUGCUAGUCUAAACCUAUUCGACACUAUGACAUUAAUAAGUUCACAGAACAUGUUUUGAUACAUAAUUUCAGGAUGCUGUUUAACAUUUGUUUUUGUUUUAUAUUAAUAAAGUCGAUUCUACCUUUCAA